UGUUUUCGCUUCGGUCCCUCACAAUAUUUUUCCCUGAAGGAGAGAGAGGAGGCUGGAGAGGCUGAAUUAACGAAUAAUACUGUCCAGGGGUCUGCAGUUACAGAAGAGUGCUAAUGGGGUUGAAAUAGUCAGUGUUCAUGUGGUGCAGAGGAGUCCACAUCAAUGAACUGUUGCUGUUGCUUUAAGGUGCCUGUUUACCUGGGAAGAAACAAGACUGCCAGAGCCGUGCUGCAGAUAUCCUGCUGACAAUACCUGAAACAAUUUAUUCAGAAGACAAAACUGGAUUAUCCUUGUGAAAGAGAAGAUUCAACGAUGGAGCCUGUCCAUGUUAAAGAGGAGAGUCUUGUACUAGAAUCAGUCCAUAUUAAAGAGGAGAGCCCUGUACUAGAAUCAGUCCAUAUUAAAGAGGAGAGUCCUGUACUAGAAUCAGUCCAUAUUAAAGAGGAGAGUCCUGUACUAGAAUCAGUCCAUAUUAAACAGGAGUGUCCUGUACUAGAAUCAGUCCAUAUUAAACAGGAGUGUCCUGAACUAGAAUCAGUCCAUAUUAAAGAGGAGAGUCCUGUACUAGAAUCAGUCCAUAUUAAAGAGGAGCAUCCUGUAUUAGAAUCAGUCCAUAUUAAAGAGGAGAGUCCUGUACCAGAAUCAGUCCAUAUUAAACAGGAGAGUCCUGUAGUGGAAUCAGUUCUUAUUCAAGAGGAGCUUCCUGAAGUAGACCAUUUUCAUGUCAAUGAGGAGGGUAACCAUUUUAAAACAAGCAGCUUGCAGGGCUCUCUGUCCUGUACAGAAUGUGGAAAGAGUUUCAGUCGGUUACAAAACCUGAGACGUCACCAGCGAAUCCACACUGGAGAGAAACCGUAUGUCUGUGCUGACUGUGGGAAGAAUUUCAGUGAGUCAGGUGUCUUGAAAAUACACCAGCGAAUCCACACUGGAGAGAAACCACAUACUUGUAAUGAAUGUGGAAAGAGUUUCAGUCAGUCAAAAAGCCUGAAACUUCACCAGCGAAUCCACACUGGAGAGAAACGACAUGUCUGCUCAGACUGUGGGAAGAGUUUCAGAUGGUCACAAAACCUGAAAUUUCACCAGCAAAUCCACACAGGAGAGAAACCAUAUGUCUGUUAUGACUGUGGGAAGAGUUUCAGUCAGUCAGGCUAUUUGAAAAAACAUCAGCGAAUUCACACUGGAGAGAAACAACAUGUCUGUGCUGACUGUGGGAAGAAUUUCAGAGAUUUACAAAACCUGAAACAUCACCAGCAAAUCCACACAGGAGAUAAACCGCAUCCAUGUAGUAAAUGUGAGAAAAGCUUCAACCGGUUAGCACGUCUUAAAAAACACCAGUUAAUUCACACAGGAGAGAAGCCACAUCACUGUAAUGACUGUGGGAAGAGUUUCACAGAGUCAGGCAACUUGAAAUUGCACCAGCGAAUCCACACUGGAGAGAAACCUUAUGUCUGUGCUGACUGUGGGAAGAGUUUCAGAUGGUUAUACAGCUUGAAAAUGCAUCAGCAAAGUCACACAGGAGAGAAACCUUAUCACUGCUGUCACUGUGGGAAAUAUUUUACUGCUUCCAGUUCUCUUAAAAGACACAAAUGCAAAGUUUAGGCAGAAUGUGAGUGUGAUUAUACCUGCACUGCCAGUCUUUUUAAACAGCAGCUUAAUAUAAAAACUGUGAGAACUCUGGUUAAUGUCUACAGAUGACACAAAUCCACCAAUAGUAAACACACUGUUCUAAAGCCAUCACAUUAUAAAGUACAUUCCUGGUAUGCAAUAAGGCCCAACAGGGUGUCUAUAUACAUCGAAUAUACAGACGUCUCGGAGCGUUGUGUGAUACAAGGUGAAGCCGAGUGCCUCCAACCCCUGAGAAGUCUGUAUAUUCAACGUAUACGGUGUGGGAGAAAUUCAUAGUUGUAAUUGAAUGUACUUUGUAAAAUGACAUUUCAAAUCUGAAACUAUGAGGCUUAAGAUGCUGUGAUGAUAAUUAAGUGUGUCUUCCCCCACCCUUCUCCCAUAACAUUCAAGAUCUGCUUCAAAGGACUGGAUAUUAAUAACAGAGAGUCGUAAAGAUUUAAAUUGGUUUUAGUUUAGAUUGCCUGCCAGUGUGGUCUUAUCUGUUAAUUAAGAAUGUCUGUGUGAAAGCCAAUAUAUCAUUUUCUUUGUAUGAAAGGUUAAGAUGUGCGACACCUGGUGGUUACGAGGUGCCAUGACUUUCUCCCAUGACUUGAAUUGUUACCAUGAAACAUGGAACGUUUAAGUGAAUAGAAAUUACUAAUUUCCUUAUUUUGAAAGUGAAUACAAAAACAAACCUUUACAAGGGUGUAAUAUUAACUUGUAUAGCAAGCUCAGGGUUUUAGAUUUACUAAAACUAUCAGUUUGAAAUGUAACAAAUAAGUAAAAACCUAACUGAUUUAAGUUGGUUUUAGAAUCAUUUUAAUAACAAAUCUGCCGGACGCAAGUUUAAGAGUUGUUUCAGUAUGUUUUCCCAAUGAAAUUGAAAUGUUUAUUGUGUUUUAAUGAAGUUCGAAGUGCGAAUCAUUCUUACAUUAUUUCACUUUAAUUAUUAUAUAACGUGUUUAAUAUGCUUGUAACGGUAAUUUAGUUCGGAGAAUGAAACUGACAUGUUUAUCCUUCUGCGAUCAAUAUAACUAGCUAGCACAAAAUGAAGUUUUGUUCUAUACAUGUUUUGAAUUCUGUUCUGUCUCUUUCUCUCUCUCUCUCUCCAUGGAGGAGGGUCGCUCCCUGUUUUAGUGACGCACAUUGCUUGUGUAAAAGGAAGCGUCAUUCAAACUUUGUAAGCCAAUGAAAGGGCUGAUUUUGUAGCUUCCUGUUUUACCCGGAAGUGAUUGGAUCACCAAAGUAAACUCCUCUUUGGGCGCUAUAUUUAAAUCAAAACACGCAUGAGCUCGUUCUCUUGGAUUCAGACUCAUCUUGCCAUGAAGUAACCAUUGAGCCUUCGCUUGCAAUGGGGACCCAUUCAAGCAUCGUACGUAUCUUCAUCCUGAAGAAGACUCCUCGCUGCUACAUCCUGCAACUCUACAUGUUACAAAGAAGACAACUGCAUUCCAACAAGGACCACAUCUCCAGAAUAAGUGUUACGAUUCAAAGACUUUAAGAUUCAAAUAAAAUACUAUGUGUAGAAAGAUCUACAUGCAAACCAGAAGCAAAAACAUUGAAUACAGCGUAACACUUUGCUGAAAUUAAAAGUACACUGAUGCACAAUGAAAAAGCAACAGUCUAGGCUUUACAUCAAUAGCUCUUUGGGCACAUACAUAAUGUUAGUUACAUUUUAAAUAGGGAGCAGAUAGGUUUGUUGAUUGUUCGAGUUGUAUUGUUCCUUGGGAUAAUAAAAUACUGAGCUCAAGUCAUGAUGUCAUAAAAAUGACUAAGAAUCUGUAUAAAUAGCCAUUUGAAAAUACAUGAUUUUAAUUAACUCAAGAACAGCAAAAGAUGCAACCAUGCUCUGCUUGAGUAAUGAAGAUUGCCUGGUUGCUAUCGGCAUGAUUGAAGGCAUCUGUGAGAGAAGUUGCCCGGAGAAUGAGGUGUUCUGCUUCAACAAUCAGCAGACUAGUCCAGAGAAACCAGGAAACCGGCUCUGUGAGGGACAGGCCACGUCCUGGAAGGCAGAGGUCACCACACCAGCCCAGGACCGUUAUGCCGACUGUUGCGUUGUUCAAGCCAACCAGUGGAGCGGUGGAAGUGUGAUGAUGUAGGGAAUCUCCUUUAACACAAGAACGCCUUUGGUGCAGAUUGAGGGCAACCUUACUCCUCAGCGAUACAUUGACCAAGUCCUUGAGGCAACAGUUUUUCUGUUCUUGCAAGGAUAUCCGGAAGUGUUGAUUUUCCAGCAGGACAAUGCAAGGCCACACAGUGCUAGGAUUACAAUUGCACGACUUCAAGAAAACAAUGUCAAGGUCUUGCCAUGGCCAGCUUUUUCUCCUGUCCAAUAGUACAUCUGUGGGACCAAAUCACCAGCGCCAUCCACAGGAGACAACUGCAACUAGCCAACCUUCAAAGGAAGAGUGGCGGAACAUCCCACAGCAGUCUAUCCAGAGGCUGAUCAGGUCUGUGCACCAACACUGCCAGGAUUAUGUUAAUGCUCAGGGAGGUCAUACACGAUACUAACUGUAAAGUUUUCAUUUUGACAGUGUGUCACGUUUCAUACGGAAAACUGAUUCUUUGCUCUGUAUUUUUUAGUGAAUUUGUUUGAUAUCUAUGUUUAAAAUAUUUGAUUAAAUCCAUUAG